GUUUUGAUUUUGUCAUUGAUGGGGGUAGUUAAAUAUGUUUAAUAAAUAACCAAUCUUGCUUUUACCCGAAUAGGACAAGGUGCAGCACCGGCUUAGUAACGUUACUUUAAUUUAGUCAAAGAUAAAUGGCCGAGUGAGAGACUACCAGUAAGUGACCAUGGACAAAACGGAUAUUCUAACAACUUUAAUGGAUGUUGGUCGGGGUCCACUUAUUGUAGAUGGUGGACUGGCAACAGAACUGGAAUCAACAGGUUGUAAAUUACAGGGAGAUCCUUUGUGGAGUGCAAGGCUGCUCCAUACUAACCCACAGGCUAUUAAAGAUGCUCAUUACAGGUUUCUGUGUGCUGGUGCCGAUGUGAUAACUACAGCCACGUACCAGGCUAGUGUUGAGGGCUUCAUCAGGCACCUGGAUGUCACCCCUGAACAGGCCAACCGACUCAUCAUGUCAGGAGUGACUCUGGCCAGAGAGGCUGUCAAACACUUUAUGGCUGACCAGCUUCCAUCAGAUCGCAGUGUGCCUCUGGUGGCAGGCUCUGUUGGACCUUACGGGGCCUUUAUGCACAACGGCUCGGAGUACACUGGCGCUUACGCUGCGGAGAUGAGUGUUGAGGAACUGAAAGCCUGGCACCGCCCCCAGGUCCAAUGUCUAGUUACAGCAGGGGCCGAUCUCAUUGCCAUGGAAACCAUCCCAAGCAUGAAGGAGGCAGAAGCUCUAGUGGAGCUGCUCAGAGAGUUUCCAGAUUCUAAAGCAUGGCUGGCCUUCUCCUGUAAGGAUGGCCAGUGUAUAUCUGACAGCAGUCGUUUCUCUGAGGCGGUCCAACUGGCCAGUAGGUCCAGUCAGCUGGUGGCUGUAGGGGUGAAUUGCUGUCCUCCAGCCCUGGUCAAGCCCCUCCUAGACUCAGCCAGGACACAGAGGAGACCAGGCCUCGGCUGGGUGGUUUACCCCAACAGUGGAGAGGAGUGGGAUACAUACACUGGGUGGAGAAAACCAGAGAACAGAAUAUCUUCAAUAGCUGAAUUAAGUCUGGAGUGGAUGAAACAAGGGUGUGCACUUAUAGGAGGGUGCUGCCGCAUCGGUCCUGCUCACAUAGCGGCGCUACGAAGACAGAUACAUGGAGACAUGUCUGGGUCUGAUGCUUCACAGCAGGGACAGGGACGACCUUAAGACAGACACAUGGAGACAUGUCUGGGUUCGACCUUACAGAGAAUGAGCUCUUAUUACUGCUACACUAUGUGAUCCCACAGUCAAGAUUAUGCAAUUAAAUAACUAUUUUAAAAUGAUACUUUUGAUAUGAGUUUAUAUAAAUGAUUUAUUAACCCUCAUACUACCAACAUAUGUUAUAUAAAGAGCAUUUGGAUAGUAUUUACAUCCCUAGACGGUUUGUUAGCAUUACAGCUUUAUUCUAAAAUUGUUUUUUUUUUUUUUUUAUAUAAUAAUAAUUUGACUUUUUCCACAUUUUUGUUGUGUUACCACCUGAAUUUAAAAUAAGAUUGUAUUGUCUAUUUUGACAUUUUAAAAAAACUUAUUAAAAAUGAAAGCUGAAAUGUCUUGAGUCAAUAAGUAUUCAACCCCUUU